AUGCGGCGAGAGAUUAUUAAAAAGCGAGAUAGAGACCUUGGAGAUCAAUUAAAGAAGAAGAGGUCACACAAGAAAAAACCCAUUGGGAACGGUGCACGGCGUCGCGACUCCGUAUCGAAGCUCUCAACUACGACACAGAGUGCGCCGGUGUCUCUGCUGACGUCGUCAUCGACGGACUCGUCUGACUCGUCUUCGUCGUCCUCAACGCGGAGACCAGUAUCAGCGCGGAAAACCGUGACGAUGCCAAGCACUGCGUCACAGUCAACAAACCAAGCACGUGAAGGGGAGACGGACGCGUUUGGUCGAUACCAUUGCCGUAAAUCGGUGACUGUCGACACGAAAAAAUCACCGGGAAAAGCCAAGUCUAUCUCGCCGUCGUCGGCGUCUGCAGUGUCUGCCAGCUCGGUGUCUUCACCGUUGCCAUCACCAUCGCCGAGAAAGAAGCGGCGGACGUUUACUUAUUUCGACACGGACCACGUGGCGCUCGACGACCUGCAAGCUCAGGAGCGAGAGCUGGCGUGGAUUCGGUCACAGUAUAAGCAGACUCAAAAUCAACCUCGUCCUGCGAAGGCUGCUGCGCAGAAGCGAAAGCCGUGCCAGGAAGUGAUCUACAUGGACGACCACUCGGACACAAACAGCACGGUGAACUCCGAGGCAGGUGCUCGUAGUGAUGCUCAGCAAGGUCAGAGCAACCCGAAGAUGAAACUUUCAGCUGCAGUCGACAGAACUCCUCAGGUGGAUCCUCGUAACGCGAUGCUCCACCCCACGUCAUACCGCGGCGUUUUCUUUGACGAAGCACCACCAAACAUUCUCUCGUCGCGUGGUCAGACAUGCAGUGUCCCGUUCGAGUCGAAUUGCGACCACCCGCUCACAUUCUAUGACGAAACAGACACGCUGGCAAGCCACUGCUCGAUUCUGGAAAGCUUUGGCAAGCCCACCCAGUGCAUUUCAUCCGUGUUUCCGAGCGAGGUGGAGAAGCCUCAGAGUGAUGUCACUCGCGCUGUGAGCUCCUUGGUAACGGCACACCUCCCAAUCAUUCGCCGCUGCCAUCGAAGGAAGGUGCAAGCUAUCCUGACAGAGGCGCGUAGGAAAAUUGCUUUAUAUCAAGCAGCACUGAAGAAACACAAGAAAACUUCGCGCGAUGAGAAGGCGAUGACUUCACAUCUGCUACCCCGUUCUAAGGCGGAGAAACACGCCGUCAGGCAGCUCAAAGUUGUGCAGCGCACGUGUAGCCAGACUGCGGGAAGCGUCUCCUUCCAAAUCGGUCGUGGCGACAGCUUCGUGCGAGAGAGAGCUGUGUCGUCGCUGAUUCAGAUCAACCGUGUCGAGGAAACUAGACCAUUGAGGCGGUACACGACGAGCAUUGGGCUGCGUGCCCACUACCGUGUGGAGGACGAUCCAAUCUUACGCUACACUGCCAUUACAAGGCCGAGUGGAACGGGCGGUGGAAAUGAAAGCGGUGAGAAGUACGGGCUGCAGAUAGGCAAUGUGGCCGAUGAAGAGGUGGCGGAGUUCGUGUUGAGACUGGUGGUUGGUCGUCUUGGCGACUCGGAGCAGGUGUUCCAUGCGCUGAAGACCGAGCUCGGCUUCUCCCAGGCGUACACGGCGUACUCGAGCAAGCACCAGAUUGGAUCGAAUGGAGAAGCUGCGUGGAGAUGGAGAUAA